GCAGCAAGCGCGGCAUGAUGCUGAUGCUGAGCAGGAGGAUCAGCAGGAGGUCCGCAGCCCUUCUGGCCCAGAGCCGCGGGCCCCGCAGGCACGCGCGCUCUCCACUCCUUGGCAACUCCGUGUGCGCAUCGUCUGAGCCACCGUACCGCGGCUUCGAGCCAUGCCCUGCACCAUCUCUCGCGCCCUUGUCCUCCUUUCCGCCCCGUGGGCGCCGCUGUCGGCCAUGGCCCUGCAGGCAGAAGGCCACGGCCACGGCGACAGGGGCCAAGGCCACGCUGGCGAGGGCCACGGCCACGGCGUCUCGCACGCCUCACGCGGCCACGGCUCCGGCCACGGACACGGCCACGGCCACGGCAAGGUCCAGGCCCAUGGUCACGGCAGCAAGAGCCACGGGAAAGUCGUUUCCCACGUCCACGGCCACAAAGACAAGGACCAUGUUCGCAACAGCAAGGCCAAGAUCCAGAAGUUGCUCAAGGACGAGCUCUUCAGCCCCUCCCACCGCUUCGCUGGCCAGGCGGUGACUGUCUCCGAGGGUUGCGACAGCUGGAAGGGAGAGGGGCUACACUGCGAGACCGAGUUCCCCGAGCACGCCCUCGUGCGCGACUGGGUCCCCCCAGAUGCCGUGGUCAUGGAGUUCGGCGCCCGCUUCGGCACGACCAGCUGCGAGAUCGCGCGCAAGCUCAACAACAGUGGCAACGUGGUGGUCGUGGAGCCCGACCUGAAUGUGUGGGAUGUCCUCGAGGCGAACCUGAAGUCGCACGAGUGCAACGCCCACCUGCUCCGCGGCGCGGUGAGUUCGGUGGACCUUCACAUGGCGGCCAAGCUCAACGUGAAGCGCGGCUACUCCAACAGGGCGCUGCAGAAGGGCGGCGUCGUGGUGCCUGGCUACCAGUUACAAGAGGUGGAGGCUGCCCUCGGUAAGAAGGUGGACACCCUGCUCAUCGAUUGCGAGGGCUGCGCCCAGGACAUGAUGGACCAGCUGGGCCCCGUCAUCGAGAGCGGGCAGGUCAAGCUGCUGCUCAUCGAGGGCGACAUGCCGGUGGGCGCCAAGGACUGCCACUCCCACUGCAUGGACUACGAGAAAUUCUUCGCCUACCUCGCCAAGCACGGCUUCGAGCAGGUCGACAAGUUCAACGACUGCGACAUUGCGCGCACUGGCGCUCCCAAGGGCAAAUGGUGCGGCAAAUGGAUUGACCACUUCGCCUUUCGCCGCAAGUGAGCUGUAGCGAAUACGGUGCUUGCGCGUCCGAGGCCGCUGCGGGCACGUCGUCGAGGCGAGGCCAGUGCUGAGCUUGAAGGUGUCACGCCCUGUGUGUGCCGACGAGUGAGCAGCCGAGCAGCCCUACGGCAGAGUCGCCGGACAUGCGCACGGGGCGUGCAAUCACAGCUGAGAGAGCCACGCAUAGCGAGCUAGUUCCCAAUGUUGCCUGUCAGUGGGAGGGAGGUGGGAAGGUCGAGGAGAGGACGACGACGACGACGACGACGAGCAGCAGCAGCAGCAGCAGCAGCAGCAGCAGCAGCAGCGCCAUGCCUCCCCUUUCUGUUAGAUCGCACGCUCUGAGCGCGACCCCGGCGCCCUUGGCG